GAAAAAAAUAAACCGAAGUAUCACGAAGGCACUCAGUCAGUACUACACAACUUCGAAAUUCUUUGAGGUGUACUUUUCAGUAGUUCAGUCCUAAGGUACUAUAGAUUUCCAAAGGUUUUAAGUUAGAAUUUGAAGAGAUGUUACAACUACUUUUAUUUCUUGGUGUUAUACAAGUUUCCGUGGGAUCGAUUUGGACAGAACGGUGCAGAUUGCAUCAUCCAUGGCCACCAGACAACGACUGGUUCGACCGAUCCCUUGAUGUUUUCAGCUCGCCUCUCAGCGAUCCCUUCAAUCACCCUUUAUUUGACACACACUGGAGCGAUGACCUACUAUUUCCAUCGCUAGUAGCAGGCGCUAGAUCUGACAUCAAGGUAGCAGAGAGACCACCCCAAGACUUGUCUGACACUUUACGAUUCUAUGUAGACAUAACAGGCUUCUCGCCAAGAGACCUGACAUUAAAAACACAAGGACAAAACUUACUGAUCACAGGAUUGAAGACAUCAUGYGACUUCACGUCCUGUUAUGAACGCCGGUAUUGUCUCAAGAAGAAACUCCCUGCCGAUGUAAAAAUAGACACCCUUAUGGCCAGGGUAAUGCCAGGAAGGGAAACCCUACAGAUAGAAGCUCAAAGGAAAAAGGGUGUCGAAGGAGAUGAGCACAAAAAUAUCCCACUUGCAACUGUUAAAGGCAAACAAACAGAACAGGCAAAACAAUGGCAGGAUUCCAAAUUUACAGAAAAAAUAAWGAGGAAAAAUGCUGUUGAAGAAGAGGAUGAAACAACAAUUGAAGUAGUGCCAGAUGAAUAAAAACAAACAAUUCGUGUAAAAUUUAAAAUAUUUUUAUUCCAUGUAUUGGAAUUUGAUAUUUUUGCAUGAUGCUGCAUUAUUUUCAGAGCUCCGAUAUGACCUGAUAUUUUAUUCCUCAGAAUAAAGAAUCGAGUCGAUAAAUAAAUGGCAAAUGCAACUAAUGUUGUUGGCUAAAACUUUUAAGUGCGUGCCACACUGUCACAAUUUCUAAGUUCCAUUGCAACCAUCAUUUUUACAAAUUUUCAAUUCAUUAAUAUCUUUAUAGCACAAUAAAAAUCUCUUUAUAACUUUG